GGCGCGCGCAGAGACGCGCAAACUCAUGCUGUGCGCCAAACAAGCUGGACACAUCCGUAAAUGGCUUAAAAAUUCAGUCACAUCUUCAAUGGGAAGCACGGACAACGUUUGGAUACAGAGUUCUUUCUUAAGUGAAUGCUGGGAUAUAGAUAAACUUUCAAUCUGGAUCGCGUAAAACACGUAAAAUGAGCGUUGCGUGGGAUUUAAGAGUAGCCUACUAAUGCAUUUGUGCGGAAUCCAGAUUUCAACGAACAACAAUUUGUUUACCUACAGCAACAGAGACAGUCUGAAAAAUCUUCCAGAGUCCUUGACGGAAUACUUUAUCUGGGAUUGGGGUUAUUCCCAUCAUGGAUCAGUUUGGGAUUUUGGAUUUACAUCAGCGCAAUACAUGGAAAUGCGUGGACGCAGUGCUGCAAUUAACGGAGUUUACAUCUUUGAGUAACUUCUAGUACAGGACGAUCAGGAUGAAAAGAUGGCGACCAUGCUCUUACCAGCGGGUCCUGAUGGCUUGCGACCGUACACACGUGAGUCUCUGGCGGCCAUCGAGCAGAGGAUCAGCGAAGAGCGGACGAAGAACACGAAGGAUUACAAGGCGGACCCCGGGUACAUGGAGGAGCCCAAACCCCGUGCUGACCUGGAGGCCGGGAAGGGGCUGCCUCGUAUCUUUGGUGAAAUACCCGCAGGACUGGUCGGAGUCCCGCUGGAGGACAUCGACCCUUUCUACUUCAAGAAUCAGAGGACUUUUAUAGUAGUAAACAAGGGAAAAGCCAUCUUCCGCUUCAGUGCCACAUCUGCACUCUACAUAUUCAGUCCGUUUCACUGCAUUAGAAGAAUCUCCAUACGAAUUCUAGUCCAUUCUUUGUUUAGCUUGUUCAUCAUGUGCACAAUUUUGACAAACUGCAGCUUCAUGGCGAUGUCGGAUCCUCCGCUGUGGACCAAAUACCUAGAGUAUACAUUCACUGGCAUUUACACAUUCGAGUCUCUGAUUAAGAUCUUGGCCAGAGGGUUCUGCAUAGAGCCCUUCACCUUCCUCCGAGACCCAUGGAACUGGCUGGAUUUCAGUGUCAUUGUCAUGGCGUAUGUGACAGAGUUUGUGGACCUCGGCAACGUAUCCGCAUUACGGACGUUCAGAGUUCUGCGUGCUUUAAAAACAAUAUCAGUGAUCCCAGGUUUAAAGACCAUUGUCGGUGCUCUCAUCCAGUCGGUUAAAAAGCUAGCGGACGUGAUGAUCCUCACUGUUUUCUGUCUCAGUGUCUUCGCUCUGAUUGGUCUACAACUCUUUAUGGGCAUCCUACGCCAGAAGUGUGUCCGUAGCCCCGCCCACUGUGUUAACUCCACCUACCCCGGCAAUGGAAGCUUCGUUUGUAACAAUAAGACAUGGCUGUCCGUCAAGGACUUCUUAACAAAUGAAGACAAUUUCUACAAAAUGGAAGGAUCCAAGGAUGCCUUAAUAUGCGGAUACAGCAGCGAUGCUGGGAAGUGCCCUGAUGGGUUUGACUGUUUAAAGACAGGUCGGAACCCAAACUAUGGCUACACAAGCUUCGACACAUUUGGCUGGGCCUUCCUGGCUCUCUUCAGACUAAUGACACAAGACUACUGGGAGAACCUCUACCAUCAGACUUUGCGGUCAGCAGGGAAGACCUACAUGAUUUUCUUUGUGCUGGUGAUAUUUCUGGGUUCGUUUUACCUGGUGAACUUGAUCCUGGCUGUCGUGGCCAUGGCAUAUGAGGAGCAAAACCAGGCGACCAUCGCAGAAGCCUGGGCAAAAGAAAGAGAGUUUCAGCUGGCGAUGGAACAGCUACGCAAGGAACAGAGUGCAUUAGCAAAACAGCGUAGAAAAGACGCUGAGAUGGCCCUGGCAGUGGAUUUAUCUCCGUCAACCUUCAGUCGGAAAGACUCUUUGAAAGGCCAAAGUAGACCGAGAUCCCACAGAACGCUGUCAGAGGAGACGGAGGACAACAUUUUGCCAAAAUUUGACCCGUUUGAUGAGAAACCAGCUCACCCUCUGCUAGCCACUCUCUCCUCUCAUCCUCUGAGCACUCGUCAUGGAAGCCAACUCAGUAUCUUUACCUUCCGGCCGCGCAACAGUUCCGAGGCCGACUUUGCAGACGACGAACACAGCAUCCAUGAUGCGGGCCGGAGCCGAGCGGGCUCUAUGGCGACUCCGUGGCACAAGCGGCGUACGGGCAGCAUCAGGAGUCACUCCUCGCAGGUGUUCACGCCCACCCUCACUCUUAACGGCAGACUGAACCUUUCUCUGGACCAGAACGGCAUCACCAGCAUCGGCCUGCACACCCCAACCUCUUUUCCAGCGUUCAGUAUGGAGCAGGUCAAGGAGGGCACGGAGUCAGUGUGUCAGACUGAACAGACCCCUGCAGCUGGCAAGCUGACUGUCGACAUGCAGGAGGACGUCCCGCCCCCUCACAGGAAGAGAGGACUGAGCUCUGUCAGCUUCUUCAGUGACGCCAUGGACGAACUUGAAGAGGCCCAUCAGAAAUGUCCUCCAUGCUGGUAUGAAUUUGCGAAGAAGUACCUGAUUUGGACGUGUUCUCCAGCCUGGCUGAGAGUGAAGGACGCACUUAAAGUCAUGGUGAUGGACCCCUUCUUGGACCUUGCAAUUACCAUUUGCAUUGUUCUCAACACAUUGUUCAUGGCACUGGAGCACUAUCCCAUGACUGAUGAAUUCAACAGCAUGCUGAGUGUUGGAAACCUGGUGUUCACUGGAAUCUUCACAGCGGAAAUGAUGCUGAAGAUCUUUGCUCUGGAUCCGUACUAUUACUUUCAGCAAGGCUGGAACAUCUUUGAUGGAAUUAUCGUUAGUUUGAGUCUGAUGGAGUUGGGCCUUUCCAAUGUGGAGGGUCUGUCUGUCCUUCGCUCGUUCAGACUGCUGAGAGUUUUUAAACUAGCAAAAUCGUGGCCCACCCUCAACACACUGAUAAAGAUCAUUGGUAACUCCGUGGGUGCUUUGGGGAACCUGACGCUGGUCUUGGCCAUCAUCGUCUUCAUCUUCGCUGUGGUCGGCAUGCAGCUGUUUGGAAAAAACUAUCAGGACUGCGUGUGCAAGAUCAGCUAUGACUGCACCCUUCCUCGCUGGCACAUGAAGGACUUCUUCCACUCGUUCCUCAUCGUCUUCAGGGUCUUGUGCGGGGAAUGGAUCGAGACCAUGUGGGACUGUAUGGAGGUAGCUGGACAGCCGCUUUGCAUUCUGGUCUUCAUGCUGGUCAUGGUCAUAGGAAACCUGGUGGUGUUGAAUCUGUUUCUGGCCCUGUUGUUGAGCUCCUUCAGCUCUGAUAACCUGUCUGCGCCCGAUGAGGACGGAGAAAUGAACAACCUCCAGAUAGCAAUCGCUCGAAUCCACUGUGGUUUCUCUUGGCUGCUGAACGCCAUCAAAGACCUCUGCAACGGGAACCUGGCAGGGCACAGACAGAAGGCCAAGGAGGUGCCGGCGCCCCUGAAGGAGAACCAUGCUGAGUGCAACGGCGGUUUGGGAAGUUUAGGGCGGUAUGAAGAGAAGUGCGUUAUUCCAGAAGGACAGGACAGUUACAUGACCAAUCCCAACCUCACCAUCUGUGUGCCCAUCGCACCAGGAGAAUCAGACGUGGAAUUUCCUGAGGAGGAGGAGGAUGAUGAAGACACAGUGUCAUCAGAGGAUGAAGAGCAGAAACCGGAAGUCAUCAGCCUCUCUGAAGGAAGUACCGUGGACCUGAGGAAGCCUGGGGAGGAUGAGGAGGAAUAUUCUGAGAUGGCAGAAGAUGUCAUGGAUCCAGAAGAGUGUUUCCCUGAGUUCUGUAUGCAGCACUGCAAGUGUUGUAAUAUAAACACAACCAGAGGUUUGGGACAGAUGUGGUGGAGGUUGAGGAAGACGUGCUAUCAGAUUGUAGAGCACAGCUGGUUCGAGACCUUCAUCAUCUUCAUGAUCCUCCUCAGUAGUGGAGCUCUGGCGUUUGAAGACAUUUACAUAGAACAGCGGAAGGUGGUGAAGGUGAUGUUGGAAUAUGCGGACAAGGUGUUCAGCUACAUCUUUGUGCUGGAGAUGUUUCUGAAGUGGAUCGCGUACGGCUUUAAGAAAUACUUCACCAAUUACUGGUGCUGGCUGGACUUCCUGAUUGUGGAUGUGUCUUUGAUUAGCUUGGUUGCUAACUCUCUUGGCUACUCGGACUUUGGGGCCAUCAAAUCUUUAAGGACUCUCAGAGCUCUGAGGCCAUUGAGGGCCCUGUCUAGAUUCGAAGGAAUGCGGGUGGUAGUGAAUGCACUGAUAGGGGCCAUCCCGUCCAUCAUGAACGUACUGCUGGUGUGCCUGAUCUUCUGGCUCAUAUUUAGCAUCAUGGGAGUCAAUCUUUUCGCUGGGAAAUUUGGGAAAUGCGUCAACAGGACAGGAUACAUCCACAAUGUGACCCUGGUCAACAACAAGACUGAUUGCCAGUCCAUGAACGACACCCAGUUCUACUGGACCAAAGUGAAAGUUAACUUUGACAACGUGGGACUUGGCUACCUCUCGCUCCUGCAGGUGGCAACAUUCAAAGGCUGGAUGGAAAUCAUGUAUGCCGCCGUAGACUCUCGUGGAGUUGAGGAGCAGCCCGUCAAAGAGAUAAACCUCUACAUGUACCUCUACUUUGUCAUCUUUAUCAUCUUUGGAUCGUUCUUUACCUUGAAUUUGUUCAUUGGUGUCAUCAUCGACAACUUCAAUCAACAGAAACGAAUGAUAGGUGGCCAGGAUAUAUUCAUGACCGAAGAACAGAAGAAGUACUACAACGCGAUGAAGAAACUUGGAUCCAAAAAGCCACAGAAGCCAAUUCCAAGACCAGUGAACAUUCUACAAGGAUUCUUCUUUGACUUGGUGUCCAAGCAAGCCUUUGACAUCGCCAUCAUGAUGCUCAUUAUCCUCAACAUGAUAACCAUGAUGGUCGAGACCGAUGAGCAAUCUGCUCGCAUGGAGUUCAUCCUCAAUAACAUCAACCUGGCCUUCAUCGUCAUCUUCACCACCGAAUGCCUCAUCAAGAUUUUUGCCCUCCGCUGUUAUUUCUUCACCAUUAGUUGGAACAUAUUUGACUUUGUUGUUGUCAUUCUGUCCAUCGUUGGAAUUGUCCUUGCUGACAUAAUAGAAAAAUACUUUGUGUCCCCAACUUUGUUUCGAGUUAUCCGGUUGGCAAGAAUAGGAAGAGUUCUCCGACUAAUACGAGCAGCUAAAGGAAUAAGGACGUUACUUUUUGCCUUAAUGAUGUCGCUGCCGGCGUUGUUUAACAUCGGCCUUCUGCUCUUCCUGGUCAUGUUCAUCUAUGCCAUUUUUGGCAUGGCAAACUUUGCCUACGUGAAGAAGCAGGGUGGGAUUGAUGACAUGUUCAACUUUGAAACCUUCGGGAACAGCAUUAUUAGCCUUUUCCAGAUCACCACAUCGGCCGGUUGGGAUAACCUACUGGAUCCCAUUCUGAACAACUCACCGGAAGAGUGCAGCUCGAUUUUCAUCAACACUGGAACCAAUACUAAGGGCAACUGCGGCAACCCCUCAGUAGGUAUCACUUUCUUCGUCAGCUACAUCAUCAUUUCCUUCCUGAUCGUGGUCAACAUGUACAUCGCCAUCAUUCUGGAAAACUUCAGCGUGGCCACCGAGGAGAGCACAGAACCUCUGAGCGAGGACGACUUUGAGAUGUUCUACGAGGUGUGGGAGAAGUUUGACGUCGAGGCCACGCACUUCAUCGAGUACUCCAAACUCUCCCGUUUCGCCGACAGCCUUUCGGAACCUCUGAGAAUCGCCAAACCCAACAAAAUCAAGCUUGUCCACAUGGACCUUCCCAUGGUCAGCGGCGACAGGAUCCACUGCCUGGACAUCCUGUUCGCCUUCACCAAGCGGGUCCUCGGGGAAAACGGGGAAAUGGACGCUUUGAAGCAGCAAAUGGAGGAGAAGUUCAUGAUGACAAACCCUUCCAAGAUGUCCCAUGAGCCCAUCACCACCACGCUCCGGCGCAAGCAGGAGGAGAUUUCGGCAACCCUGAUCCAACGCGCCUAUAGAGGGCACCUAAUUAGACGGCAAAUGAAGCAAGCUUCUUACUUGUACAGACACAUAAACCAAGACACACUCUGGUCAGAAGAGGACGGCGCUCCAGAGCGUGAAGGACUUAUUGCAUCUAUGAUUAAAGAGCACUACGGUCCCGAGAGGGGGCCACCGGUGCGGACGCUAUACUUAGCUCCCUCUCCGCCAUCCUAUGAGGCUGUAACAAAGGGUCCUAGUGACCGUUUCAAGAUGUUAAUAUCUGACUCCAGAUCCGGUGAGCCUCAUAAAUCAGAAGAGACGUAUGACGAGACCUUUCUUUAGGAACUCUUUUCUAAGUAGACCAUCUUUGCUUGCUUUUUUACUUCGUUUGGAUGUGUCUAAUCAGGAAGAAUCCUAAACCAGAUUUCACUUUUUUAAUAUAUAAGAACAUCAACAACCUGGACAACCCAUGUUGUUUUGUCUAAAAAGAUGACAUGGCAUCAUGGUAACCAGACAAAGAUACAUGGAUAUAUCAAAGUGAGGAUGUACAUGCUAACCUUUCAGGUAGAGAAUGUACUUCAGCUCAGAUGUGUUGCACAUAUCGCAACUGUAAUAUAUUGCACAGACGUUUCCUAUAAAGCCUAACAGGCCACAUAUAGUUUUUUUCCCAGGAUUACAGAAUCUAAGCAGAGUUUACUGUUGCUCAGGUCAGUAAUGUUAUGACUUUUUUACACUUGAGGAGAGUGACUGAGAUUUAGAGUAACUGGUGCAAGGAAAAGGCCCCUAAAAGCAGUUUGAAUGACUAGUUUGCUUCUUACAAAGUGAGUGAUUUUUGCAUUUUUAUCAGUGCUUGAGGAAUUUUUUUUUCUUGUUGAACACAGGCAGGGAACUGUUUAAAAAGGGUUUAAAAUCAAUAUGAAAUCGAAAUUGACUAUUUGAGUCAUUAUGUAUUGUGCAUGUUUGACACAUUAUUCCAAAGAAUGAACAUGUCUAUGUAAUCUUUCUUCAAGAUGUAUCAACUUUCCUUUUCAGGAUGAUGUCAUGUAUUUUUCAAUCUCUUCUCUCCAACUGCUUACCUCCAUUUUGAUAUGCAACGCCCAGUUUUAAUGAUUCAAUCAAUUCCCAAUGGAUUAAAAAAAAUCCUGUGUCACUAAGCUCAAAGCAGUCAAAUGGAUUUCAUGUAGACUUAAACUGAAAUGAAAUGGUUAUACAACUAUUUUUUUAAUACAAAAUCUGAAUUAGCUAAAAUUACCUUCAGCUUCUUGUGUUUUAUUCAAGGGCUUUUUUACUG